AUGUCUAAGAGGAAUCGUGAAGAUUCAGUAUCUAGAUUGAAUAAGAUAUUACCGGUUCCUAUAACAUUGGAGGACCGGACUCCGAGUGCCCAACAUUUCGAUAGCACUAGUCACAUCACGGAUGUUUUAGUUGGGGAUUAUCAUAUUAUUGAAGGAGAAAUAGGUAAACCAUAUAUUGUUUGGUCUAUAAGGAUUAUCAUCAAUGACUUGAAUUAUUCUUCGAUCUUAAUUUACAAGAGAUAUAGUGAAAUAGAGAGUUUUAGAAAUAAGUUAAUAGCUAAUUAUAAGGGAGUGGAAAUACCUCGAUUACCACCAAAAGAUAACCUUAACUUUCAAAGAUAUUUAUGGUCAAGUAACUGGUUGGAAAGUAGACGUAAGGGAUUACAAUGGUUUAUGACGAAUGUUUUGUUGAAUCCUAAAUUACAGCAUAAUGAGAUAGUAACGGAGUUUGUACUUUCAUAG